AAUCAGAUCACACGCACGCCGCACACCGCCCCUCUCCGACAGUAAGAAACAUGGCGUUACGGGAGCUAUCAUCGUUGGAGAAGUUUUUGGGAUUAAAAAAGCCGAACAAGUACAGCACACAGGGAGACAAAAAGGUUCCUGUGCUACAGAGUAACAAUGAUCCUGCACUGGUCGGCCUGGUGACCAUCGCCUGUCACCUGGUGAAAGAAGCCAAGCGCCCGGAGCUGCUGGGCGACUCCGCGGAGAGCAGGGCUGUGGUGCAGCAGUGGCUCGAGCACAGAGUCACCAAGCUGGACGGCUGCACAAAGGAAGACGUCAAGACCGUCCUGAAGGACUUCAACCUCUACCUGCAAGACAAGGUCUACCUGGCUGGCAACCAGUUCACCCUAGCUGAUAUUUUCAUGUACUAUGGAAUCCAUUCACUCAUAGUGGAGCUGGCCAUCCAGGAGAAGGAGCAGUAUAUGAACGUGACACGAUGGUUCGACCACAUUCAGCACUACCCCGGCAUCCGACACCACCUCCCUCCCGUAGCUGUGCUCAGGAACAGAAUUUACACCGGCAGACACCACUGAGACACCGACACCCACCCAACCCAGCCUGACUCGUCACAAGCUUGUCCAUCUUUUGGACCGGACCUGGGCUAAAUUAUUUCAUGAAAUUCAAUCAGAGUCACAAUUUGAGUCCACAUAGUCACUUUUAUUCACGAUCUUUGUUUUUUCCGAUCAUGAUUCCUGCCUUUAUGUUUUGUCCUGGUGACAUACUUGAACUGAUUUUGAAAAAAUUGACAUGUUUAACCAGGAAAAUCAGCAAAGAACAAAAUGCCUAAAACAGCUUUGUGAUGUAUAAGGUACUGAAACUCCAUAAAGGGAUUGUUUGCUCAUAAUAAUCAGUUCAUAUUCUUUAAAAAAAAACAAAAAAAAACAGCGUUUUUAAUACUUAUAUUGCCCAGUACCAUCAGAUGUUGACUUUAAGAAGGGUUGGGAGUGGAGGUGUGAAUCUCAGUCAUUCAGUCCCACUAAUACUAUAAAUAAUAAGUUUGAUGUCUUAACCCUUAUUCCAUAACUAGGGUGCAGAGAUGUGAGACAGUUACGUCAGCCUUUUAUGUGUUUUUUGUUUGGAAAUCUUCUGUGGGACUUUCUGAAGUCUAUUGUUUUCAAAGGGAAUGCUGUACGGAUUGCGGUAAAGUGAGUCGCUGCUAGCUUGUCAAAAAGGUAUUAUUUAUAUAUGGUCGUUAAAUAGUGGUUUAAUCUGAGCCUUGAACACGCUAUGACAGGCAAUACAGGUUCAAAGAAGAUUUGAGUUAUUACUCAUUACUGGCAGUACAUUAUGCCCUUAGGAAAAGCAGCUUCCUCAUGCCAUAUCGAUGCAUUUUCAGGUAGUUUGUCUAAAUAAAUGUGGUUGCCAGUUCAACACCAUAACCCCGUAAUGACCACAGUCACUGCUGAGUCCACAUUGUUCUGCCAUCUCUGCCCUGAUGAAUCUAGCCCAGCUCACACCCCUAUCACGACAAUGGUGCUUGUUUUUCCACAUGCAACUGUCAGCCAUUUCACUGGACAGUUUAGUUUCUGUGUGUGCGUUCCUGAUUACAUCCCCGCUUUCUGUCCCACUUCCUCACCACCAGUCGUGUGGGCAGCAGCGAGCAGUUGAGCGUCAGCCCCAGAGUCAGAGAUCAGAGUGAGGCUCCAAUCAGUCCCACUACCACCACUGUUGAUGCUGCAGGCCAGAGAGAGGGCAGCGGGCUCACCAGCUGCCACACAGAUCCAGCCAGCCAAGGCCAGAACUCAGGCCCCUGGGCGACAGUCAGCCACUGUGUGUCAUUUCAACCCUCACGCUCCCACGGGGCUACUGGAGAGAGAGCGAGCGAGAGAGGGAUGCAGGAAGGAAAGAAGCGAGGGAGGGGAGGGAGGCCACAGAGAGAAAAAGAGCACCCAGAGGCCGAGGGAUCUUUUUGUGACAUGUGAACAAUGAUCGGUGCGUCGGAAAGCCUUACUGCUGCCAGCUGGAUGUUUGCUAUUAUCACCAUUAACAGGUGAAGUCGAGGGAGAGCCUGUGAAUUAACUUUAUGAACGUAGCGAUAAAGAGACAAAGAACAGUAGGUGAAAUAGAUGGAAUAGAUAGAUUACUUACACACACAAAAAAUAAUUCUUAUAAUACUGGAAGUUUUUGUUUGCAUCAAUGCUUCUUGUUAUUCUUCACUGUCUUCUGUUAAAAUGCUCCCAUUUCAUCCGCAUGUAUAAUUUCCUCCAUCCUAACCCAACUCCACAUAUCUUUGUACCUCCUGCUUACUGCGAAGCUUCACUUUUGCCAUCUGAUGUAACCAUAACGUUCAAACCCUGUGCCAAUAAAUCAAAGGAAUACGCAGCUCAUGA